AUGGCACCCAACAAGGUCGGGCUUGUCGGUCUCAGCACCGGAUCCAAGGUCACCAGCUGGGCUACCCUUGCACAUCUACCCUACCUGCAAUCGGAGCAGGGAAAGAGGUACUAUGAGAUAGUGGCCGUCUGCAACUCCUCGGUCGAAAGUGCGAAGAACUCAGUCAAACAUUUCAAGCUUCCCGAGUCGGUCAGGAGUUAUGGUUCCGCUGAGGACUUGGCCGUCGAUCCAGAUGUCGAGCUUGUUGUCUGCGUUGUUGGUAACGAGAGCCACUGCAAAGUUCUGCUACCUGCAAUCAAAGCUGGCAAAGACGUGUAUACCGAAUUGCCUCUUGCAUCGAACAUGGAGCAGAUGAAAGAACUCGUCACCUUGGCGGAGCAACAAGGUGUCAAAACCAUGUUCGGCUCUCAAGGCCAAGCCAGUCCUGUCGUGCACCUGGUCAAGAAGCUCAUAGCUGAAGGCAAGAUUGGCAGACCUCUCAGCACGACUCUCAUCGGCACGACUGUACUUCCCCUAGACAAAGCUUUGCCGACUUCGUUUCAAAUUCUCGCCGAACGCAAAGCUGGUGCAAACUUCGCAACCAUCUGGUUCCUGCACAGCAUCACUUGUCUGUUUGAGGUAUUUGGCGAGCUCGAGACCUACGACAGCAUCAUGGGCAUCGACUACCCGACUCUCGAGCUCAUGGACCCGUCUCAAGGCGGCAAAGUCGUUGAUAGCAUCAAGAAAGAGUGUCCCGACAACAUUCGCCUACAAGGUCGUUUUGAAUCUGGUACGCUUGUUACCUAUCAGUUGCGAGCGGGCGAAGCCUUCCCCAGAGAGCCCGGUUGCCGCUGGCUCAUCAACGGUGAUGAAGGAGACAUAUUGAUCACCAAUACGAGAGGCUGCUUUGACAUCGAGCACGAGGGCGUCGUAAUCAAGUACAAACAAGCUGGAGAAAAGGAAACGCAGACGAUUGAGCUGCCGCAGGAUGACUUGACAGACCUAGAGCGUCCGGCUCAGAACGUCGGGCGUUUGUAUGAAGCAUUCGCCAAGGGUGAGAAGGAGUCUUACGCCGACUGGGAGGUCGCAUUGAAGAGGCACGCGUUCAUUGAUGAGAUGUUUCAGAGGGGAGAUGGAGACAGGGCUUUCGGGGCGCCCGCCACAUAUAGAUCCCAGUAAGCAAUGGAGAACGGAGACAUCGGGAACCGCCAAGUGCACUUUGUUCAAAGUUUUUGAACCCUACCGCAGCCGU